GUAUGGUGAUCAGGCAGCCAGAGGAAUCCCCAAGACCAGUCCUGGUAGAGGAGCAGGAGGGUUCUUCUCUGGAGUUCUCACUGCACUCACCUGUGUCGCGGUGAUGCUUCUGGUGUACCACUGGUCCAGUGGAGAUGGGGUUCAUGACCUCUUGGUCAGUAAGCCUGUGUCAAAAUGGACGCCGGAGGAGGUUCUGUUCUGGUUGGAACACCUUGGGGCUUGGACCUCUGUCUAUAAAGAACCCUUCCUGCAGGAGAACGUUAACGGACGGUUAUUGUUGAUGCUCGGUGAUGAGGAGCUGACCAGAGCUCCCUAUAACAUAGACAACCAGGCCCAUAGGAGAGCGAUGAUGGCUGAACUGAAGAGGAUCAAGAAGCUGGGGGUCGAGCCACCUCAGAACCUCUGGGAGUACAAGGCUGUGAAUGCAGGUAAAUCUCUGUUCCUGCUCUACGCUUUGAAGAGUUCUCCUCGCCUCACCAUCCUCUACCUCUACCUCUUCGACUACUCCGAAACUUUCCUCCCCUUCCUGCACACCUGCUGUCCCGCCCUCUCACGCACCAGCGAGCCAAUGGAGGACAGCCUCCCCCUCAACCACCAGGGGCACCCCAGCUGGCGCCAGUGGGCGGAGUUCCUAGUUAAGUACCUCCUCCUUCCGUACCAGCUGAUCGCUGAGUUUGCCUGGGAUUGGCUGUCGGUUCACUACUGGACGUCACGGUUCAUCAUCGUCAACGCCAUGCUGCUGUCUGUGCUGGAGGGCUGUGUCCUGUGGAGGCUCUAUAACCGAGCUGAGAUCAGGAGUCUCCCUCAGAAGAUGUGGGGUCACCUGUGGAGGAUGUCCUCCCAGGGUUUUGCCUUCGCCCUGUUCUGGCCGGUGAUCCCUCAGUUUGUGUGUAACUGUCUGUUCUACUGGGCUCUGUAUUUCAACCCCAUCAUCAACAUAGACCUGGUGGUGCAGCAGCUGAUGCACCCGGACACACAAGGGCCGUGAAGGACUGGCCGGCUCCCUACGUAGUGCACUACUUCUGACCAGAGUCCCUAUGGGGGGUAGUGCACUACUUCAGAGUCCCUAUGGGGGGUAGUGCACUACUUCAGAGUCCCUAUGGGGGGUAGUGCACUACUUCAGAGUCCCUAUGGGGGGUAGUGCACUACUUCAGAGUCCCUAUGGGGGUGUAGUGCACUACUUCAGAGUCCCUAUGGGGGUGUAGUGCACUACUUCAGAGUCCCUAUGGGGGGUAGUGCACUACUUCAGAGUCCCUAUGGGGGGUAGUGCACUACUUCAGAGUCCCUAUGGGGGGUAGUGCACUACUUCAGAGUCCCUAUGGGGGGUAGUGCACUACUUCAGAGUCCCUAUGGGGGGUAGUGCACUACUUCAGAGUCCC